AUGUCUGUCUUCUCCACCGCACGCUUUGUCUGCAGGAAGAACCCCGUGGCUGCUGUUGUCAAGCAGUCUUGGGUUUCUGCACGCGCUCUCCACACCACGCGCAUCGUGCGCCAGGCUGCUUCCGCCCGCUCCCACCUUCUCCCUGAAUUCAGCCUAGAGAACAAGGUCGUCGUCGUUUCUGGAGGUGCUAGAGGUCUCGGUCUUGUCCAGGCUGAGGCUCUUCUAGAGGCCGGUGCCACUGUCCACGCCAUCGACCGCUUGCCUUCUCCCGCCAACGAUCCUAGCUCCUCCUUCUCCGAGGUCGCCAGACGUGCCCGUGACGAGUUCGGAACUUCGCUCACCUACCACCAAGCCGACGUUCGCAACGUUCCUGAGCUCAACGGAAUCUUCCGCAACAUCGCCGACGAAUCCGGCCGCCUCGAUGGCCUCAUUGCCGCUGCUGGUAUCAACCACGAGACCCCUGCCCUCGAGUAUCUCCCCGAGGAGGUUGAUAGGAUGAUGAGCAUCAAUGUCACUGGUGCCUUCAUGACCGCCCAGGCCGCUGCCCGCCAGAUGGUUCGACUUAAGCAGCCUGGAAGCAUCUGCAUGAUUGCCAGCAUGAGUGGUACCAUUGCCAACAAGGGCAUGUACGCUCCUGCCUACAACCCUUCCAAGGCUGCUGUUCUCCAGCUGGCCCGUAACCUCGCUGCCGAGUGGGGCCAGUACGGCAUCCGCGUCAACACUUUGUCCCCAGGGUACAUCCUAACAGCCAUGCUUCAGUCGCUUUUUGACGACUUUCCCGACCGCAAACUUGCCUGGCCCAAGGAGAACAUGCUUGGCCGUCUCUCUCUUCCCAGGGAGUACCGUGGCGCCGGUGUCUUCCUCGUCAGCGAGGCCAGCAGCUUCAUGACUGGCAGCGAUCUUCGCAUUGACGGUGGUCACGCUGCCUGGUAA